CCCCAUCACCCACCCACAGUGAUCCCUACAUCACUGCAGGUGGGCACACAGAAGUUUCCUUCUCCACUGGGAACAAUCACUUCCAAAGAGCCACACCUGCUGUGCUCUGCAGGGAACUGAUCCUGCUCAGCUCCCAUUGCCUCCCAGCUGUCCCAGCACAGCCUCCAGCCCCCCAGCAGCCCCACACAUCUCCCUCUGUCUGCAGUGCAGGCCAUGGAGCUGCACAGCUCAUCCCAGCUCUGCAAUCUUAACCAUAAGGUCUCAGCACUGGGUACUUUAAUAGCACUAAUGAGCUCUUGGUACACAAGAGCUUGGACACAGCUCUGUCAGGAGCCCAGAGGAGCACUACAGACACACCCCACACAUCAGACAAAAGAGCAGGUUCUGUAUAAGCACGCACAGGGGCAAACCAGGACACCUCAAGCUGCUUUGUUCAGUUACCUUCCCACUCUCCUAGCUCCCUCCCCUCCCUUUUCCUUCCUUCUCCCUCUUCUCAGAGAGCUACACACACAAUGCUUUGGCCAUUGGGUCAGGGUAACUGCUGUACAGGACAGCUCUUUGGGGCUGGGCAGCAAAGCAAAAAAAUAAGAUGUUUCCUUCCUUUCUGUCAGCCCAUCCAGUUUACCAUUUCCAGCCUUCAGCCAACCUGCCACGCACCCAGGAAUGCUGUCCCUGUGCUUUCCUGCAGGGGACAGCAGCCAUUCACCCACCCAGGCCCCACUCCUCACCUCUCUGGAAGCUUCAUACAAACCCAGGUCUGAACCUCACUCCCCUUUCUGCUGGUUCCUCCUCUUGGGCUUGGGAAAGGCAGUGCCAAAAAGGCAGCUGGGAUGUGGGAAGGCACUUAUAAAGUGUCCCAUUCCUCCCCCAGCAAUCAGUGAGGCUCACCUGUGCCUGCUCCUUCACCCCAUUAGCAGUGAGCAGCUCCAGCUGUGCCAGUAACAGUCCCUGCAAAGCCAAGUGGCUGCUCCAUGGGUCAAAGCAUGAAAUCCCUGUCAGAAACUCAAGUGGCAGCUUUCAUCCUGCUCUCCCGAGAAAGUUGCAAUUUCAUUUUCCGUUUAAAAAAAAUAAAAAGAAAGAAAGAAUGAAUGAAAUCCAUGUGACCCACACAGACCCCUGUAGGGAUCACAGUGGGCACUCAGCUUCCCCUUGGGGAACACCUAUGGGCAGUGCUCCUGCUUGGAGCUCCCACCCACACUGAAAACAUCAGCCACACUCCCAGCACUGCUCCCAUGGCCCUAGCAGCAUCAGCAGCACAGUGAGGGGUCUCUGAGCCAUGGUAGCCCCUCGGCCACAUCUGCUCAUAGGGUGAGAGUAGGGUUCUGCUGGUGCCAGAUCAACUGCAUCAGCUCCAGGUGCAGAUCAGCACUGUCUCCAGGUAGAGCGGCCAAAGGUAACCUUCUUUAUCUGCACCUCAUGCUCCACAGAUACUGAAUAUCAAAAUGCACCUCGAAACACUCCUAUUACUAAGUAUUUCUUAGAGAUUAGAGCAGUGCUUCCUCCUCAGUACCCUCUUCUCUUUCCCAGUAGAGCAGAUGGACACGAUAACUUAUCAGGACCUUCCCACGUGCUGUUCAUCAGUAAUAGCACAGGGACUUAUUGACCCACCUCACAUCAGCAUGUGGAAUAUUUAGAGCUACUCCCAAGCUGGGCAGGAGAUAACAUCUUUAUCAAGGAACACUUUGACCCCUCAGUGCCUGGCAGGCCCCUAUAUCCUCAUGGAGAGGACAAUACUGGGGGGAUGCUCAGAGGUACCGAGGCCAGGAAGGGAGAGCUGUGGGCAGCACAACUCAUCUGCCCACCUCACCCUGGGAGAGGACAAGCUGGGGGAUGAGCCCAGGCAGAUCUGGGAACCAAAGGAGAUGGUUGAGCUCAGUGAGGCAGGCGAAUGGCACAGCACUUGGGAAGCAAAGCGGCCAAGGAACACAUCCAGAACCUGAGCAAAGAGAGAGAGAUGAGCAAAGACACAAAGGUUGAGAGUUCAAGCCCCAGGGACCCAUGUCAACCUCUGUUACAUAAGUCUAGAAAAGCCUUAAACUUGGUUUUGCUGAGAAAGGAGUUGUCAGCAAUGAUAAAACCCCAGAGAAGUCAUAAAAAUUACAGACGGUGAUAAAAUGGGAUGUCACCACAGCAAAGCUUCGCAGCAGGCAGUGGGAUUGGGGCUGGCACUGCGGCACGAAGGGGUCCCCAUGGGAAGGGGACAUGGGCUGCCAAAACGUGGUGACAACAUCUUCCCUUGGGCUGUUCCAGCACAUCCCAUCUCCUCGUUCUGCUUGUGGCAGAAAACUCAUUCAUGCUUCAGCAAUAGGAAGAGCCUCACAUCACAUCCACGAGCACGAGGCAUCACGGAUGGAGGUGCAGAUGUGGUGUUGGAGGGGGGGGAGGAAGUCCCAGCUAAUCCACUCCAGCCAGACAAAAACAAAGAGGCUCCUUCUGAUACGAAGUCCUGGCUGAAGCCCUGCGCCCGAUCAGCUAUUGCAAGAUUAGAUAAGAGCUGAACUUAGUCCCCUCCUGCAUAUAUUAAUGCGAGCUCUGGAUGUCUGCGCUACCUCUCCUCAAGGGCAAGAUGAUGUUCCCUUCCCUGGUGCUGCUGUUUGCUGCCCUCCCUGUAGCAAAAGGCAGCCCUGUGCCGCACACAUCCGGCCGUGACAAAGUCCUCCUGGUGUCCUUCGAUGGCUUUCGGUGGGACUACGACCAGGAUGUGGACACCCCCAACCUGGAUGCGAUGGCUGCAGAGGGGGUGAAGGCGCGGUACAUGACCCCUGCCUUCAUCACCCUCACCAGCCCGUGCCACUUCACACUGCUGACCGGGAAGUACAUGGAGAAUCACGGGGUCAUCCACAACAUGUGGUUCAACACCAGCACGGGGGUGAAGCUGCCCUACUACAGCACGCAGGGCAUCGACAGCUGGUGGGACAACGGCAGCCUGCCCAUCUGGAUCACGGCACAGAGGCAGGGUUUAAAGACAGGCUCCAUCCAUUUCCCUGGGACAAAAGCAAAAUAUCAAGGUGAAGAAGUGAGCAUGAAGCUGGUGGAGCCUCCCCUGUUCAACUACAGCAACGAAACCAUUUGGAGACAGAACAUUGACACUGCCAUGGAGUGGUUCACAGUGAACAACCUCGACUUCAUCACUCUCUACUUCGGUGAGCCAGACUCAACAGGACACAAAUACGGCCCCGAAUCCACGGAGAGGAGAAACAUGGUCAGCCAGGUGGACAAAACCAUUGGUUAUUUAAGGCAGAAGAUCAGGGAAAGUGGCUUGGAAUCAAACCUCAACCUCAUCAUCACAUCUGACCACGGCAUGGAGACGGUCAUAAAGAGCGAUGAGAUCCACCUCCGGAAUGUAGAGAACUUCACAUUCAGUGACAUCCAGUUUGAACUCUUAGAUUACGGACCCAACGGGCUGCUGAUACCAAAAGAAGGGAAAUUAGAGCACGUGUAUUCAGUCCUGAAAAAUGCCCACCCGAAGUUACACGUGUACAAAAAAGAAGAGUUUCCAAAGAGAUUCCACUAUGCCAACCAUUCCCGGAUCACCCCGCUCUUGAUGUACAGUGAUCCAGGAUAUGUGAUCCAUGGGAGGUACAAGGUGCAGUUCAACACGGGAGAGCACGGCUUUGACAAUGAAGCCAUGAACAUGAAAACCAUCUUCCGCGCCGUGGGGCCGGCUUUCAAGCAGGGGCUCAUAGCGGAGCCGUUCGAAAGCGUCAACGUCUACGCUCUGCUCUGCGAGCUGUUGGGCAUCGCGCCGGAACCUCACGACGGUUCUUUGGAUGCCACGAGGUCGAUGCUGCGUGAGUGCACCGCGUGUCCCGCGCGUCCCUUCGAGCCCCGACGGCGCGGCCGCCCCGAGCCCGGCAUUGCCGCACGAACAGCGCCACCUAGCGGCGGCUCCCGCAGCACCCCAGCAGGAACGCCCCGCGCUUUGCUUCCCCGCACAGCCCCCGCAGCAAGCCUGCCUUCGGGCAGCUUUCCUUCUAAAUACACACAAGCGGUCCAGACACCAAAAGCAAGGCUUUAUGCUGCUGGUAGAGGUCAGGUUACGCGGCCACCUCCUGCUGGUGGCUGCUCUCUGCACCAGUUCCUGAUUGAGCUCAUCCCAGCUCCUCCAGGGUAACGCUGCACUUUCGAUGUUGCAGG